AGAUCUGCCGAUCUACAAGGCAAUGUGAAAUAUAUUUUCGAAGUGAACGGUUGUUUUGCGCGGUCGUGUUAAGAUUAAGAGACUGGACAAAAAACAAAAAGAACUGAGAAUUGUGACUAAAAAUCCUAAGAUUAAAUAAGAACUCGGCGUUUUAUUGAAAUUUUACCGGUUCUAUAGACGUUGUGCGAGGCAUUAAAUCAAAUUACAGAUAGUUUCGUGAAGAAGUGAAAAUGUCAGACAACAACAGUGAAACAGCCGCCCAACAACAACGGGCGAAUGGCACAGAACGCUCCCAAUCGACUGAAGAGAAGGAAAUCCCACGAGAACCGGCUUUGGUACACAAAGACAUCAACAUAAAGACUGAAUUGGAAUGCCUCGUCAAGUUGCUUGAUGGCAAAAUCUACAAAGAUGAAGAGACUGCUAUGGAAGAAUUGCACCAGUAUCUUAUCGAAGAUGAAGGUUCUUGGGUAUUAGGUGAUAAUUUCCUCAUUUUCGUACAACGAGUUUUGCGCGAAGAAACUUUUUCACCUGAUACAAGAGUUCAUCUAAUACGUACAUUGGCCUAUGCUGCAUUGAAAGACGAUGUCAUCAUCAUAUUGCAUCAGGAUCGACGUGAUCAUACGUUGAUGAAUUUUGCUCAAGAUAUUGAAAAACAUACACCAGAAGAACAGCAGGCGUGGGCGAUGUUUAUGUGUAAUCUGUUUGAGAAUGUGGGUCCCUCGGAGUGGUUGCUUUACAUCUCCGAAUGGGACUAUCUAGGCCAAACAAUAUCGAAUAUACGUGUUACAACCAAAGUAGCGGUGCAUUGUAUACUCUCCAAUUGCCCACAAUUGAAGAAUAGCGGUUCAAUGAUGCUCUACAAUAUUGCUAUAAAGGAAGUUAAGACGGUGGUAUUCGAUGAUGUUGCUGUUGAGUUGGCAAUGGCUAUUUUGCAAUUCUUCCAAAGCAAUCCGGGUGAAGAGCAGGUUUUUCGCUCACUUAAAGCCUUGGCGCGUUUUCUGGAGGUCUCUGCCGAUGUUGCUGCUAUCAUUCAGAUGAUUGGCCCACAUCCGAAACAAUUUGCUGGCAUGAGCGAACGUGUCGAUGAAUUGGUAAAUAAGAUUAGUCGCAAGGUGCCGGCUUAAAGCCUCACAAUUAAAAAGAAAAGAUGUAUACAUAACUUUUAAGUGACACUACUUUUGAUCAAAGCAGCGGCAAAUGCUGCUCAAAACAAAUAUAUUUUAAAACAUUUUUUAUUAAUUUAUUAUGCGUUCAAAAAAUUUAUUUAAUUUUAAUAAGCGAUUUUUCUAAAGUAAUACAAGCGAUUUUUUGUAAUAAAUGA